AUGGCAAAGGAUGUGAACCUGAAUCGAAUGAGACCUUUGUGUUCACCGUCUCCGAUGGCGCAACAGAGCUAUUCAUCAAGCUCCUGGAUAGUGUCGGUGGCACCGAUGAUGAUUUUUGUUGGUGAAGCAACGAUUCCUCUGGAAGCAGUUUAUAUAGAAGGAAGCAUCCCUACAACUGUUUACAGUGUUGUGAAAUAUGAAGAAUACCGCGGAGAAAUCAAAGUUGGUCUCACAUUCACUCCAGAGGAUUCUUGUGAUCAGGGUUUCUGA